AUGAGUGACAAUGACUCAAGUGAUUGUGAUGAGCGUCCUGUACGGUGUAUUUCUGGUCAAGCGACAAAAAGAUUGUGCCAUAAAAAACAAAAAUUCCGUGAAGAUUGGACGAGAAUGGAGUGUUUUAAAAAAUGGCUAAACCCUGUGAAAGAAGAUGUUAUGAAAGCGUAUUGCAGUUUUUGUAAAAUUCAAAUGAUUUCAGAACUUUCAACAAUUAAGAAGCAUGCAAAUACAUCCAGACAUAAACUCAACUUUAAAUCUAUGACAGGUUCGAAAUCAAUAAUAUCUACAUUCCCGAAAAUUGACGAAACAGCUAUCCGAAAAAAUAAUGCAGUUAAAGUGGCUGAAAUUAAACUAUGUGGUUUUUUAUCAGAACAUAACAUAUCAUUCCUAGCUGUAGAUCACCUCAGCCAACUUUUAAAAGAAUGUUUUAGCUUAGUUGAAGUAUUUAAAAACUCUGAGUCUGCCAAUGAAGGUGCUACAGCACAAAAAUUAUACACAGAAGUUAUUAAAUCUUUUAAAGACGAAAAAGUAUGUCUUAAAAAUGUUAUUGGUUUUGCUUCUGAUGGAUGCAAUACUAUGAUGGGCGCAUGGAACUCAGUAGCCAGCAGAUUUUUGGAAGACUUCCCAGGUGUAAUGAUUCAAAAGUGUAUUUGUCAUUCCUUAGCUUUGUGUGCCAGUGAAGCAUGUAAAGUACUUCCACGCAGAUGUGAAGACUUAGCUCGUGAUGUUUACAACUUUUUUAAGUCAAGUUGUAAGAGAUAUGCCCAAUUGAAAGAGUUUCAAGAUUUUUGUACUGUAGAGCCACAUCACUUGCUUCGGCCAUGUCAAACUCGUUGGCUAUCUUUAGAAAUGGUGGUUUGUCGUAUUUUAGAACAAUGGCAACCACUUAAAAUGUAUUUCACUCUGCAUAGAUUUGAUGAGCGUGUAACAAGUGGAGAACACAUAUAUAAUUGA